AUUCAGUUCCGAAAUGCCGCUCAGUACAUCACACGAUCGAUUUUUAUACUUCCAAGCUGUUUUGUUUGGAUAUUUGGUAGCGUUCGCAUUUUCCGAUACAAUAUUUUCGAAUAACCCGUGUGAUGGACUUUGUGUACCUCUGGCGCAGUGUAGAAGUGAUUUUGGAUCAGUCAACCUCGUGGAUUUGAGGUUUUCGAGCGAUGAUGUGGAAGUGCUGUGUAAUCAUUAUCUAGAAGUAUGUUGUCCUAAGGAAGAUGUUAUACCUGUAGUUCGGGAUGUAAAGCAAGGCUGUGAACUGGCGCCCAUUAAAACGUUCCGUGAUUGUGGAAUAAGAAACCAAGAUGGCAUUGGUUUCCACAUUAUUCAUGCCAAUCAAAACGAAACAGAGUUUGGUGAAUUUCCAUGGGUGAUCGCUAUCAUGCAGACAGAAGAAUCUCAAGUAGAGCUAACGGAACCCAGUUCAAAGUAUAUUUGUGGAGGAUCAUUGAUUGCACCUAAUGUAGUACUUACCGCAGCGCACUGUGUGAUGAACCAGAACCCAGAAACUUUGAUUGCCCGUGCAGGCGAAUGGGACAUAAUGACAAAGAACGAAGUUCUUGAUUACCAGGAACAACGCGUAGAACAAGUUAUUUUUCAUCCUAACUUCCAUCACGAGCUUCUGUUUCAUAAUUUAGCUUUGCUUGUUCUGGAGAACCCAUUCGUUGCGAAUGAGCACAUCCAGUUGAUAUGCUUGCCACCGCAGAAUUUGGCUUUCAAUAGUAACAGUUGUUUCGCAACUGGUUGGGGAAAAGCAGAUUUUGUCUCAGAAAAUUCACAAGCUAUUUUGAAAAAGAUUCAGCUUCCCAUGGUUUCUAAACACGAUUGCCAAUCGGCACUGAAAACCACGAAUCUAGGCCCAAAGUUUCGACUGCAUGAAUCCUUCAUCUGUGCCGGUGGACAAGACGGAGUGGAUACUUGUACCGGGGAUGGUGGAUCACCUCUAAUGUGUCCAGUGCCGGGUUUUCAGAACAAAUACUACCAAGCUGGUAUCGUUGCGUGGGGAAUUGGCUGUGGGCAGACUGAUAUUCCUGGAGUCUAUGUUAGAAACAGCUUGCACACCGAAUGGAUCAAAGAAGAAAUAAGAAAGAUCAACACUGGCGAUAUAGGCGUUUUUACAAAAAGUGAAAUCGAUGAAUAA